GGAACUCAUCAUUCCAAACUCCAAUUCCUCGUAGCCCCAUUUUCAAUUCCCUCCUCUCUCUCUCUUUCUCUUCUUAUUUUUCACACAUUUUCUUAGCAACCAAACAGAUCUUUUUGGCCUCUAUGCGAUACAAAAUGCCUCGCUUCGCUUAAUAUCUGAUAUAGAUAACGUAUUCAUAUCCUUCUCAAACCCUAGCUCCCAUGAAUUCCUUUUCAUAGCUUCAAAUCCCACUGUACUCGAAUGAAAUCCCAUCCAAUCUCAAAAUCACCAUGCUAAAUCCUCACCUCUCAAUCUCAGGACCACACCGCAGACUCACCACACCAGUCAUAGAAAAAUCUUGGCAACUUCUACCAAUUCUUUUUCGCAACAGCGUCCCGGCUCGUCCCGAAGAAGAACGCUCUUCGAAACGCGUGCUCUUCGAUGCACCGCCGGACUUCGUUCGGUACCUAUGUUCGAUCCCCGGUUUUCCGAUUCGUCCAUUGGAAAACGGAUUCGUUACGGUUUCCAUGGCAGCGGCCUCGACGUUGUUUCGGGAGUUUGCUGCCAUGGCGGUUUUUGGCGGGAAAGUUUCGAGGUUUGGAAUUAGGUUUUUGGAGUCAGAUAGAGUGUGGGAUAGUAAUGUGAAAACUUACUUUAGAAAACGGAAGAGAGCGGAAUUAGAUGGACUUGUAGCGUCAAUGGCUAAAAGGAGAUCAUCUUCUUCAAUCUCUGGAAAUGGUGAAAAUAUUAUGAUCAGAAACAUGAAUUCAUUGAAAGCUAUCUUGCCUCCCUCAAAAGUUGAAUUGGGAGUUUUAAAUAAAGAGACAGCCAUAUCCCCUGUGCUUCUGGGCUCUUCUUCCAACUUUCUGAGUACAACAGAUCUUGAACACAAAGAAGGUAAAAAUGAUGUUGGGAUAGAGAUUAUUAUGUGUAAAGAGAUCCCAGGACCUGUGAAUACAUUCAAAUUCUGUAAUGGAUUGUUCAAAACCGAAACAGGUUCAAAUACUCUGAAGCCAAUGCAAGUAGAGAGCAUUACCGAAUACAUUCCUGAUCUAAACCUAGCUCCCCCAAUUAGCUUUCAAGAUCCAUUACUAUGUGAAGAAGCCCUGAUCAGUGACAUUAGAUUUAGAUUUCAACCGGGUUACACAACCACAAUUUUCCAAGAAGAAGAUAGGCAAUGCAAUGUUUCUCCAACAGUGGCUGGCAAGUAUGAUAUUCAUCCUUGCGAUGUUUCAAUGAGCCAACCAAAAGAAGAUGCAGAGGCCCAAGUGAAAAUUAGCAGAAAGGAAGGAUGCACUAAUUUUAGUGCAAAAGGAGAUUUGCAAAACCUAAUCCCAUCAGAAAAGACAAAUGUUACUCAUGAUGCACCGGUGAACUGCUUGGAGUUGAGAAAUGUGAUGGACAAUAUCACCUCAGACAAAGAUCAGACGGUAAAAAAGGUGGAGACUCAGGCCACCUUUCCUAUUGUUGAGCGUUGUUCCACUCAGAAAGUGCUGGCAAAAUCCUCUUGCAGAUUGAAGGGCUUGCGCAAGAAUGCUGUACCUCCAGAACCACAAGUUGUCAUGGAGUCAUUAGACCAUAAUAAAGUUGUUAUUACUCCCAAGCAGCAGGAUCAGUGUAAAAGUGGUCAGAAAUUUAUGGAGAAGAAUUUAAAGCAAAAUCGUAACAAGAACAUGCGUGAUAAAGAAAACAUGGUUGAUGCUACUAACUCUAUAACUUCAACUUUGGAGGAAAAAACAUUCCCACACUUUGAAUCUUUCAUAAUCGAGGAAGAAGAAGGUUCAGGUGGUUAUGGCACUGUUUACAGGGCUCGGAGAAAGAAUGAUGGGAAAAUGUUUGCUAUUAAAUGUCCCCAUGCCAAUGCCCAUAAACACCAUGUUAAUAAUGAGCUCAAAAUGCUGGAGCGUUUUGGGGGUAGAAACUUCAUCAUAAAGUUUGAAGGGUCUUUCCAAAGUGGCAACAGCAACUGCUUUGUUUUGGAGCAUGUUCAGCAUGACAGACCUGAGGUUUUGAAGAAAGACAUAGAUGUAUAUCAGCUCCAGUGGUAUGGUUAUUGUCUGUUUAGGGCCCUUGCAUGUUUGCAUAAGCAGGGAGUGAUUCACAGAGAUGUUAAGCCUGGGAACUUCCUCUUCUCUCGGAAGCUAAAUAAAGGCUAUCUCAUUGAUUUCAAUCUUGCCAUGGAUUUACAGAGCAAGUACACUAUUGGAAGUAAAUCAAAAUCAAGUCAUAAUGUUUCUAUUGAUCAUGUUCCUCUCCCUCAUUCAAAAUCUGCUCCAUCAAUUAAAGAUGAUAAACUUGUGAGAGGAAAUUUUAUAGCUGCCAAACAAGGGGUGUCAGUUAAUUCCAAGCCCACACAUGAACCUAAUAAGAACAUGAUGAAACGGGCUAUUGGUGGUCCCUUAAAGAACUAUCGUGAUCUUCCUGUUGGAAAUUUGUUUAAAAGCCAAGGUGCAGAUGGCUCAGGUAUAACCUCCACAAAGGAUGCAACAAGCACCAGGACUCCUUCCACAGAGAGGCUGAGGGAACCUCUUCCUUUCCUGGGAAGGAAAGAGCUGAUCAGCCUGGUGCGAGAUGCAGUGCAAAGUCCUGGUUCUCAAAGGGAAAGAGCCGCUGCUCCUCCAGACAAGAUUGACAGUAAAAUUGCUUAUCUGAGCCCAAUGCCUCUGCAAUCUGCUGGUGUUGGGUUACUGAAAAGCACAGGGGUUCCAAAACAAAAAAGAGAAGGCCCUUGUGUUGGAACCAAGGGAUUUCGUGCUCCAGAGGUCCUGUUAAGAUCUCUGCAUCAAGGUCCCAAGGUUGAUGUCUGGUCAGCUGGAGUUACCCUACUUUACCUGAUGAUUGGAAGAACUCCCUUUACUGGAGACCCAGAACAGAAUAUAAAAGACAUUGUAAAGUUAAAGGGCAGUGAAGAUUUAUGGGAAGUUGCCAAACUGCAUGACCGUGAUUCCUCAUUUCCAGUGGAGUUAUUUGACAUAAAGUUCUUACCAUCCAUGGAACUGCAAAGUUGGUGCAAAACUCAUACGAAGAGGCCAGAGUUUUUUAAGCUCAUUCCCAGAUCCCUCUUUGAUCUUGUGGAGAAGUGCCUGACUGUAAACCCAAGACUUAGACUCAGUGCAGACGAAGCCCUCAGGCAUGAGUUCUUUGUCUCAUGCCAUGAGAGUUUGAGGAAGCAGAGGAUGCUCAGGAAAGGGCUCAGUUAGGACUCUGCAAAGGUCCAGAGUGAUCACCUUCUUCAUAGACAAAGUCAAGUCUCAUUGGACCUGUGAAAGGGGUAAGGUUGAUCAGCAUUUUUGAAGGCUCAGUAUCUUAACUGAAAUGCUCAGCCAGUCUCAAACUAUGCUGGCUGCCAUAACCAUUGUUAUGAUAUUAUAAGUUUUUUGACUCACCUCUUUUUUGCCUAUACGUAGAGAUGGAUGUAAUGUAAAAUGCUGUAGAUAUGUUAAAUCCACACCAGAGCUUCUUACCAUUUACUUUUAA